AUGUCGGGCCAUCGACCAAUGAGUAUCGACGCCAUGCUCGACAUGGAGCGGCAAGAAGUGCUUGCGCUUUUGGAGAACAAGAACUUGAAUGCUGCUACUUCUCCCACAAGGAUGCGCUCGUCUUCACCGUACACUGCUGCGCCACGAUCCCCGGUCAGGAGCAUGCUGGAUAUUGAAGAGGAGCCAUCAAGCUCUUCUCAUGGCGCCGCCGCUACGCAGGCUCCUGUGAGGAGCAUGUUGGAUAUUGAUGGACCAGUCACUACUUCUCAAGCACCCGUACGAAGUAUGCUCGACGUGGCCUCUGCUCCAUCACCGCCUGGGUCGAUCCAUGGAAGAAGCUCUAGUCCUGCAUCUCCCAACGAGCCCAUUUUCAAAACUCACUCUUCUUCAUCCCAAGGCUCACAUCACCCAAGAAGCUCAUCAGAUGCUGCAUUCAAACCUGCCGAUUUUGGCCCCCGGUCAGGCAGUCGGUUUGAUAGAACUUCAGAGUACCAAUUCUCUGGCAUUCUACCACAAUACUCUGCCCACACCGGCACCAAGAGGCUGCCGCAGAGCAGCAGCAGCAAGAGAAUAUCAGGUGGAGGGUCGUUGGGAGAGGCUUUCCGCAGUGCUGACUUGAGUAGUCUCCAGUUGCCUGGUGACAGAGGACGUAACUCCUCCGCUAGCGGGCGCUUAGGGCCUAACCAGUCCAAAUCCCCCCAUGAACGGUGGGCUGCACGUUCGCGGUCGCCAGCGACUUUCUCUCCUCAACUGCCUCCCAACAGAGCGAUGCUCGAUGAUGGACAAGUCGUGGAUAUAAGCAACGCAUAUCGCAGAUUAUCUGAUGCAAACUUGGCAUUUUCCAGUGGAAGUCUCGCACAGUUGCCCAUGCGCAAACGAUCCGACGAUGUUGGUGAAGGUCGUUUGAUAAAGGACUAUCUUGGUCCAGAUGGCGAGCACCUCGAAUCUAGUGAAGACGAUGAGCCGCCUUCAUCUGAUGACGAAGAUCGUGGCCGUAAGACGGCUCCAAGGUCACUGAAUCCAGAUGCGCAUGAAGAAGGAGAAAACGACAAGUCCCGGUCUCGCGACGGCCACGGUGACCGACAAACUUUGAGCUUGCUGGCGGCGGCAGACGAAGAACGGUCAAAAAUCGCACAGCAGCAGAGCCAAACUUAUACAUAUAGAUCUCUCUUGGAACCCGAGAUCAAGAUUACCAACUCAUCGGGCGACACCGUCAAACCAUCCAGAGGUGGAAUCCACCCAAACACUAGCUACGACCAGAACCCUGCUUCCGCGACGGCAUCCGUGUUCGACUCGGACGAGGAAGCUGACAUGGAUGACAUCAAACGGGCGCAGAAUCUCGGCUUCUCCAUGACCAACAUUCUCACUGCGCAGGACUCGCACCGUUCCAUCCGUAUAAUUUACCGCGGAGAUUAUCACAAGACCGUGCAGGCGGCGGAAGACGACAGUCAGAGAGUGCGAAAGUACUUGGUGGCAACGGACUUGAGCGAUGAGUCGACGCAUGCCUUGGAGUGGGCCAUUGGAACUGUGCUCCGCGAUGGCGACACUCUAAUAGCCAUUUAUUGUGUGGAUGAGGAAACCGGCAUCGUGACCGGCGAAGGGUCACUUGUGCCAGACGAUCCCAAAGCCAUGAAGGAGCAAGCCGCAGCAAUCAAUACGGUAACAAAUGCGAAAGGUAUGCCGGCACCAGUGACGCCGGUACUUGAACUGAAAAGAGCAUCCGCACUCCACACGGUGGGCGAUUCAACAGGAGGUACCAGAACACCGGGAGCUUCGCCGGCGCCGUCUCACCGUGGCGACACUCAGAGGGCAGUAGAGGAACGAUCACGGGCGAUCCAGGAGAUGACGGACAAAAUACUGCGACUACUAAGGAAGACGCGUCUGCAGGUGAGGGUUAUCGUGGAGGUGCUUCACUGCAAGAACCCGCGACACUUGAUCACAGAAGUGAUUGACCUAAUCAAUCCGACGCUGGUGGUUAUCGGUAGCAGGGGCCGCAGCGCUUUGAAAGGUGUCAUUUUGGGAUCAUUUUCGAACUACUUGGUGACGAAGAGCUCGGUACCAGUCAUGGUUGCCAGGAAGAGGCUUCGGAAACAGAGCAAAUACAAACAAAAAGCGGUGAAACAAAUCAACAACCUGAACAAUCCAGCAGCUCGCAGCCUGGCCAAUGCUAAGAUUGAUUAA